AUGAUUCCCACCGCCGUCUUCACAUACGCCACUACCCUGUUGUCCCUCUUCGCUAUGGUGAACGCACAAGUGCAGCUACGCAGCUACACAAGCUACCAAGAGUUUGUUGACGACAUCCCGUCCUGCAACAAGGAUUGCAUGGAAGUCGACAUUGAUGCAGUCUACCUCACUUGCGGCAGCACUGGCCUUGAAUGCGCCUGCUCGCAGACCUUGAGACUCGAGCAGAACGUUGGCGCCAACAGAAGCCAAGCUUGUGUCGAAGCAUGCCCUGACAGUGAGGAUGCCGACAUGGCAGCCAUCGCCCAGAACGUAUUCAGUACAUGUCUCCCAUUCAUAAUUGCGAAUCCGGCUGCUUUCAACACGACCACUGAGCAACUUGAGGAACUGGGCCUCAUCGGCUCCACUGAUGGCACGAACUCAAGUUCGUCCAAUGCCUCUAAUGUCACUACCACUGGUUCUGCACCGGUAGCCACCCAGACGACCAAUGCUGCGGGGUCGUUGCUGGCGAGCUCGUUCUUGAUUGCGGCAGUUCCGGCGGUGCUUUCGUUCCUUGUUUAA